UAUUAUUUUUAUUAGUUAUCAAUUUGGUAAGUGAGGUGACCCAUAACCCCGGCUUCUCAUUGUACCAACAUCAACGCAUUAUGGACUCGCAGUAUUCUCAAUUCAGCCAACAGCAACAGGCUUAUGAUGUUAAUCCUUACCACCAGCCUUAUCAAGGUCCCAUGUAUCCUUUGCCCGGAUCUUCGUCGAACCACAGCGCACCUGUUCCAGCGAAUGCGUACGAAUAUGAUGUCGGCAUACUUGCGCAACAGAGUGUCUAUGUUCCUGGGGCUAUGAUCGACAAGCGUGGAGGCGCUGGUGGGAAACUUGCAAAGGGUGGAAAGCGCACCACUGUGCUCCGUAAGGGUGGUGGAAAGGUCUGGGAAGAUCAGACUCUUCUAGAAUGGAAUCCAUCUUGGUUCCGCUUGUUCGUAGGAGAUCUUAGCAACGAUGUCUCCGAUGAUGUCCUCGCGAAUGCCUUUAAUAAAUACACAUCUUUCCAGAAAGCUCGUGUCAUACGCGACAGGUUGAGCCAGAAGGCUAAGUAUGGUUUCGUCGCCUUUUCAGAUCCAGAAGAUUUCCUCAAAGCUUGGAAGGAGAUGGAUGGUAAAUAUGUAGGUAACCGUCCAGUCAAGCUCAAGAAGGCGGAUGAUACUGCUAUCCGACCUGUAGAGAUAGGGCACCGAAAGGCUAGACAGCUCGAAAAGGACUUGAAGAAGAAUAGAGGCAAACCAUACUAAUCGAUCGCCGCUGUGCGUUUAGACGACGUGGCUGGUCUGCGAAGACAUCGCCA